AUGAGAGCUGCACGAGUUCGCGCUACCUCCCCGGAUGGAACACCGUAUGGUUUCCCUGGAAAUCCAGCUCCCUCUUCGGCCAUCGAGGUCCAUGACGACAUCCCCAAACCGCAAAUAUCACAGCCUGGCGAAUUCUUGAUUCGGGUGAAAGCCUCUACAGUGUUCAAGGACAAUCUCGAGUGGAAUGAGCUGUAUCCGCCUAACCAUGCCCUCUUGGGAAAUGACUUUUCUGGCGUAGUCGUCGCUGUACACGAGGAUGAGCAAGAAUUCCGGAUCGGCGACCAUGUUUACGGUAUGACGCAUGCUAAAAGGGGAGGAACAUGGGCAGAAUAUGCCGUCGUCACGUCAGAAGAAACAGUCAAGAAGCCGGACAAUCUGUCGUGGGAAGAGGCUGCCGCGCUUCCUGGAAGCGCUAUCACAGCUGAUCAGGCCUUGUUCGUGCAUGCUGGGCUGGAGGCCACAGCGGAGAAAGGAGUGAAGCAGGUUCUAAUUACCGGCGCAAGCGGUGGUGUUGCCAUGUAUCUCGUGCAGUUCGCUGUCGCAGCCGGACAUUUCGUUGUGGCAGCGACAAGCUCAAAGGAGCGGAACGAGUCAUUCUUACGCUCCAUUGGCGCCCACGAGGUUGUCGAAUACAAUGAAUUCAACGCUUUGGCGGACAGAUUUGAUCUCGUCAUUGAUUCUGUUGGGUUCCAGGUUCUCAGCGACUGCUGGGGCGUGGUUAAGCCUGACGGCACCCUCAUAUCCUUCGACGCGUGCAGCUGGGGUUAUAUCGAAGAACACAAGAGCAAAGGAAUUAGCAAAGGAAAAGAAGGCGUUCAAGCACUGUACUUUAUCGCCGAGCCUUCAAGGGUUAGUAUGGCGCGCAUCUCGGAACACGUUUCGAAAAGAAACAUCAAAGGGCUUGUACUGAAAACCGUGUCGUUAAACGACGUGCGCGAAGCGUACGAAUCUGUUCAUUCCAGAGGCAUUGGGCAGGGCAAGGUUGUUGUGUUGCCCUAA